UUGGCAAUGGUGCAGUGGGAGGACGAGACCCUCUAGGACUUAGUGCACAGAGAAGGGAAAUAGCUUCCCUGGUACAAGCAGGGGGUAGUCUCAUUGGGUUGGGGUGCAGAGUACUGGGGAGGAGUGCCCAGGACUCAGAAGAAAGGAAAGGGGCAUCUGGAGCUGCUCCCUGGUGCCAGCGUGGGGUACUCUUACCACCUGUGCCCCUACAGAGAGCACAGCAUGGAAAUGUCUCUGUGGGAGCAGCUGGGAUUGCUGCUCUCUCCAGUUGGUCUCAGUGCAGAGAAGUCAGGGACAGAUUGUUUGUUCGGUAUCAGUGAGGCACUGGGACCCUGUCUUUCUGUCAGACUUUUAUCUCCGAAGUUGAAGGUUUCACCAGUGCCAGGUGCUUAGUUCCCACACUGUUGGGAGAACCACGCCUGACCAAGAAACCACUGACGUGUCACCUUUCCAGGCAGAGUCCAAAGCAGAGCCCAUAGCAAGGAGAGGAGACAUCAGGAUAAUGGUGACCUCUGCCUUGUGGUGUCUUUUUUUUUCCCUCCUCACUUGGGGCUGCCCAUCAGGAUGUGCUGAGGAGAGCCCUGCGCCCCACGGUAAGAAAGUGACCCUGUGGUCAGGCCAGAAAACGAAUGGGAUGGGUGAGAGAGCCACUGGGGUCAGCUGUACAGUGGAUGAAGGGAUGUGAGCUGUGAGUCCCCUCACAGAGGUUUGUCAGUAUCUAGAGGGGGGAGAGAUCUGCCGAGAUCAGCAUGCAUAGAGUGUGCGCGUGUGUGGUAGUGGUGUGUGUGUGUGUGGAUUCUUAGCUCUGGGCUGCUCUCCAUGCCUGAUGUGAUUCUGACAUUUCCUCCUCAUGCUCUCUCCAGACGUCACUGGAGAUGCAAAGAAACCUGUGCUUUUGAGAAAUAUUGCAGCCACAACUGUCUUCAUCAGUGCUGCUGAGGUGGCCGUCAUUGGAUUCUUCCAGGAAUUAGAGAGGCCAGAAGUUUCGAACUUCCACACUGUUGUAGGAAAAAUCCAGGAGGUGCCGUUUGGACUCAGCAUCAACCCUGAGGUCCUGUCUCAUUAUAACAUCACGAGCAAUACCAUCUCCAUCUUUCGCAUGGUGGAUGACAAACGUCAAGAUUUGGAAAUCACCGAUGGCAAAAAAAUUGAUGCCACCAAGAUGAGCCGUUUCAUUCGGAUCAAUGAGCUGCGACUGGUGACAGAGUACAACCCUGUGACGGCAAUAGGUUUGUUCAACAGUACAGUCCAGACCCACCUCCUCCUCUUCACAGACAAGACCUCCCAGGACCAUACAGAGCGAGUAUGCAGGUACCGGGAGGCAGCGGAACUCUUCCGAGGAAAGAUUCUUUUCAUCCUGGUGGACAGCAAUGUGAAGGGCAAUGAACGUGUGAUAUCAUUCUUCAACUUGAAGAAGUCCCAGCUGCCAGCUCUGGCUAUAUUCCACACGCCAGAUGAGGAGCAGGAUGUGCUGCCCCUUGGUGAGGUCACAGUGGAACAUGUGCGAGACUUCUGCAAUGGCUUCUUAGAGAGAAAGCAAAGGAAAGAAGAUCCCAGCCCAGAGGAGAAGACAGAGCUCUGACUCCCAUCUCAAUCACCAGAUAAAAUACUGUGCCUCUCCCCAGUGCCACCUGCACUCAGUAUAAGAAGAGUUCACUGUGCCCAACAUCUCUGGAGGCCCUGAGACAAUAGGAAUAUGAGGCCAAGUCAACUAUGAUCAACCCUUCUCCAUUCCAUAUGCAUAUAUGCUAUUUCUCCUCUCUAGGUAUCUCUCUUUCCUUCUCAAUUGCCAGUUCCAUCCUCUCUCAUCUUAAUGCCCCAGGAACCAUGGCACUGUACUGCAUUGGUCCUUCUGGGUUCCCACUGCCUGUUGCCAUAUAUGAGAGCAAGAGGCAAUAUGAUGAAACCGCCGUGUCAAAAACAUGCCUUGCAGAAAGUUUAUGCAGAGAUUGGCAGGUCUGUUUCCCUGAUAAUUCUGUCUCUGCCCCCUUAAUACAUGGUUCUCUCCCCCCAUCUGGCACUGGUACCAUGUUGGGGUUCCCUUACACAUCUCUCUGGGUCUAGAAGCUGAUUUGUUGCCUGAGGUCACAUGACCUAUAACAUUACAUUUUACUAAAUAAAGCAGAAAGUGAAUUCUCUGAAUUUGUGUGAUUAUUUUUCUUUAAUUUAAGUAAUAAGCCUAAAUAUCUCUAAAAGAGCAGGUUCAAGUCUCUCUUUUGGCUGAAUUUAAAUAACCUUGCUGUAUCUAACUAAUCAGAUUACUCAUUAAAUGAUGUUCCUCAACCUAUAUUUGGAGUGCCCUAUGUUUGACUUAGAUUUUUAUGGUUAGACUGAGGGCUUCUAUGUGGAGGUCUAGGGCUGGAAUUGCACUUGAUACUACAGGGGUGGGAUUGACAUAUGUUGGCACAGCUGCCAGGGAGUGCAGAAUUGGAAAAGCAAGAAGUGCUGCUAGUUUGGAUUAAGGUACAAAGGCAGAACUGUGUGGGAACCAAAGACUAUAAUGGAAUGAUGUGUU